AUGGCGACGGCAAUUUCGAAACCUACCUCACAUCCCCCCAAGAUGAAGCGGCCGCCCCCGCCUUUCGUCCCCGGUGGUGUCAAUGGGGUCAAACCUCCUCAGCAGUCAUCUUCCUCUUCCUCCCCACCCUCCACAUCGAAACGACUGCCUGGUUCUAAUCAACCGACUUCCUCACCCACCACUAAUGGUCCGGUCACGAAUGGCAUCAAUGGCUCCGCCUAUUCGACCUCCACCUCGACCAAUAAUUCAAACAAGAGUCUCCUGAAUCGGCCCAAGAAAGAUGCGCAGAAGUCGGGGGAUCAGGCGUUGCGAAACCAGAAGCAACUGGGGAAGAUGCCGACUGCGGAAAGGGAUUCCAGGCUGGGGAAGAUAUUUCCUGAACCACAUGUUAAAACGACUUCCUAUAUCCUAGGGAAAUACUCUAAAUGCCCUCCGUCCCUCAUCGUACACCUUCACCCUACUCAUUUCCGGUUUGAACAACAAGAUGGCAGUUUCCCCUACAACUCCGAGAUGAAGGUAGUCAUCGAGCAUAUCCGUGCCGGUACUGUUCCCCAUGACAUGAUGGAGGAGUUAUUACGGGCCAACGUUCGAUUCUACGAAGGUUGUCUCAUAGUUCGAGUGGUGGAUCACAAGUCAGUAUCGGCCCAAGCCAGAAAAUCGACUGCGCCAUCAACGAAUGGAAACAACACUCCUUUCUCGAUACACAACUACAAUGAACACAUCACUCCGUCGGCUUAUGUGCCAUAUCCGAAGCAAAAUCAGUUAACUUCCGAGGCCGCUGGUACGAAGACAGAAGCGGCCGCCGGCAACCAGUCAGACGAGAAGGACAAAGAAGAGUCAACGGGCAAUUCGGAAAGUUCUAAAAAGGAGAAUGACUCGGCUGCAUUACAAAAGCAGCCCCCGGCGAAGCCGCGGGUGUUCACGACCGUCCUUCAUCCUACUCCUCGCUCGCUACAGGCGGAACUCACGUUGCUUGCUACCACGCCUGAUCCUCGUGCAGCAAAACAGUCCGCCACACACUCGAGCACCCGCCCGCAACCCUCGUCUUCUACAGCCCCGCAGUCUCCAGUGGUGGCUUCUAAUCCACCGGACCGAGGCCAUGUUGCAAAGCGACAGAAGAUGCUAGUAGAACCACAGGACCUAUUGGAAUGUGAAUCUAAACUAACGCGAGCGUUGGCGUCGCCUCUUUUCUUGGAUCCAGUGGAGAGUCUGGAAGCAGCGCAAGAUCUACUGAAAUAUUUGGAAAGUCCCCUUCAUUGCGCUCCACCCCCGUCUCCGAAGAGAAGGAAGCGAACUGUGGCAGAGCUCGCUGCCGACGAGGCCCUCGCGGCGGAGGAGGAGCGGUUUAUGCUCAUCAUGGACGAAAGAUUGGAGCCGGCCACGUCAGGAGCUGCUGGUGGACCAAAGUCCGCUGCUGUUGACGACACCGGUGGCGGUGCGCCAUUCGAACCGCGCUUCUCAAGAUUCAAGACACUGGAGAAUAUCCGCAUGCAGCAUGAGGAGAAGGCCAAGCGGGAACACGAGAUCAAAGUCAAGCAAGAACUGGCCAAGCGACAGCAACAGGAACAGGAAAGAGAGAGGCGGAGGCUGCUGGAGCAGCGUCAAGCAGAGGAGCAUGCCAAAGAGGAAGCUCGAAGGCAGCAUCUGGCCGCGCAACAGGCCCAGGCACAGCUUGCUGCACAGCAGCAGAACCGACAUGUCAUGACACAGGCAAACGGGAUCAGCCAGGCCCCCCAAUCGUCACCGGUGGUUCGCAAUCAGACACCUCUCAACGCCUCGUCACCACUGGUCGGCAGUACGAUGGUCACACAAGCUGGCGUUCCCAUGAGCAUGACAUCUUCUGCGCAGGGUGCAGGAAGCCCGCCGCGGCCCCCGUCGGCCUUACAACACGGUCAUCCGAAUAUGAUGAGCCAUCCGAUGGCGCCGUCGAGGAGCCAGCAGGGCCAGAGUCGGCACGGCACUCCUCAGAUGACUCAGGGAACACCGGCCAUGUCCCAUGCAACUCCGAUUAUGCGCAACGUCACACCCACCCAGCGCAUGAGCCACGGCAGCCCAAGCCAGUCGACCAUGGCUGCAACACCAGUAAUGAGCCAAGCCAUGAUGAACACCCCGCAGAUGGGAGGCGGUAUGGGUCUUACGCCUCAACAACAGCAAAUGAUACUGCAACGGCAGCAGUUACUCGCGCAACACGGACAACUCGGACCCGCUCAGUUCACACCGCAGCAGCUUGCCCAGUUGCAAGCGAACGCGCAUGCUCAGCAAAACAUUCAGUCACAUCAGCAGCAGAUGAUGCAAGCUCAGCAGCAGAAUCACCAGGCGCAGCAGCAGAAGCUGGGGAACCAGCAGACAUAUCAAGCUUCACUGCUGCGAAGCCAGUGGUCCCAGAUGCAGAUGGCUCAGCAGCAGCAGACGCAGGGCCAGCAGCCACAGCCUCAACAAGGCCAGGUCCAUCAGGGCAGCCCGCAAAUGACUCCUCAGCAGCAGCAGCAGCAGCAGCAGCAGCAACAACAGAUGAUGAUGGCGGCAGCUGCUCAGGCCAAUGCUGGACACAUGCCGCAGAAUUUCCAGGGCGUCAAUAUGGCGCAGCGGUACAGCCAACUCUACCAACAGCGCCUGCUACGUCUCCGGCAGGAGAUGUCUACUCGGUUUAUGGCUCAGUAUGGGCCCCCAACGCAAUAUCCGCCCCAUAUUGCACAGCAGUAUAGCAUUGGACUCGAGCGGAGCGCCAAAGCCUGGGUGCAGGAGAUUAUACGGCGUGAACGUGAAGCGGCUCAGCAGCAACGUGCCUCGCAAGUGGCAGCUGUUCAGGCGCAGGUCAUGCAGCAACAACAGCAGCAGAAUAUGAUGCACAAUGCCAUGGGGAAGUAG